CUCUUGAGUGUCUUCCAGGCCAUCAUCAUCAGCCCUAGAAACUCCUGUUGGAAGAAUCUUAGAGCCAAAUCUCCCAAAAAUAUUGGUCUCUACAUUUCUCUCUGCUGGUUAUUGUACAUAAUGGUAAAUGUUCUGUUUCCUUUGUAUAUGUCCAUAAAAUUAAGAAAGAAAAACAGAACAAAAGAGACAGGUUUUGAACUGUAUACUGUUAUAGGUCAUGACAAAGUCACAGUCUCUUUAUAUACAGCUUUCUUUGUGUUUCCUGAACUUCUAUUUUCUGUCCUGAUCACCUGGUCUAGCAUCUCAAUGAUUGUCUUUUUAUAUAGGCAUAAACAGAAAGUUCAACACAUCCGAAGCACUUGUGCUUUCCACAGUAACUCUCCUGAGUCCAGAGCCACCCAGAACAUCCUUGUCCGUGUGUUUACCUUUUUGGCUUUUUAUACCCUCUCUACCAUCUCACAUGGUUGCAGUGCUCUAUUGUCUCAUCAAAAUUGGUGGCCAAUGACAAUCACAAGCUUUAUGAGUUUGUGUUUUCCCACUUUAAGCCCCUUUGUACUUAUGAGUCAAUCCUCCCCUCUCUUCAGACACUGCAUUCUUUGGAUAAAAGAUACAGAGUCUGCUAAUGUUAUUAUAGGUAUUUAA